AUGUUUAGAACUACAAAUUUUUUUGUUGAUUCUUGGUUUGUUUUUUUGUUUUUGGAUUUUUGUCAUUGAAAUUGGCCAUCACUUUUAAAAAUAAGCAUUGAUAAUCUUUGUCGAGAUCCACAUUACAUAAAUCAUUGUCCUUUAUUGUUAACUGUUAAAAUAUCAAAUUUAACCAAAGGACUGUUAAGUCCCGUGGAAUUGCUCUAUGUCUAACCCUCCUCCUUUAUCCGGGCUUGGGACCGGCAAAGUAACACAAAAGAGACACUUUGGCAGAGUUAGUUUUUUUUUUUUUUUUGCACUUAGAAGCCUACAACUGAUGUAUCCAUCAAUUGGCUCUUUGAGCACAUCAAUACUUGCCAUUGGAUUCAGCACCUUGCUACUCCCAGACUUUAUCAGGCUAACCAAGCUGUCAAGAAGUUUAGGAGGAUCUACCUGCUCACCCUCAAAAGCCUUGAUGGCCAACUGUACCUCACCAAGCCCUGACUUCAAAAAAGUCAGAUACAAGAUGUUUUGAGGAUCACUGUACAUGGAGUAAAAAACUUCAGCCAUGUAACAGUGUUCACUGGACUUAUUCACUGCAAUUUUUUUUUUUAGUAUGACAGCGAAAAAAACAUUUACAUCCCGCUCUGUAAGCCAGGGCGGGAUCAGCGGCGCCUUUGCGCAUGCACAAUUCAUUUUCAGUGUGUAAGCGAGCGGUGUGGGUCUCUUCUCUGCUGCUCUGACUGCAGCAUCUGCCCGAGCUACUGUUGAGACUGACCGCCAGUGUGAGUGUUUUGGGACGGGGAGGGGCUCCUGCAGCACACGCUGCUCGUUCACGACAGUAACUGCAGAACAACAUGUGCUUUCAAAGAGUCUCCAAAACACCAGAAAGUCUCCAAUAACUACAGUAAAAGUCGCUAGAUUUGUCGCUAGUCGCUUUUGACAAAAAAAGUCGCCAAGAGGGUUUGGAAAGUCGCCAGAUUUAGCGAGAAAGUCGCCAAGUUGGCAACACUGGCAGGGGGUCCUACCAGGUCCAAGGCCUCUGUCUGACCAUCAAACAGUUCUUUGCUCUGCUGAUCAAGAGGCUGCACCAUGCCACACGCUCCUACAAAGACUUUAUAGCCCAGAUCAUGCUCCCAGCCAGCUUUGUCUUUCUGGCACUGACGGUCUCCAACAUGUCAGUGCAACAUGCCCAGGAAACUCACCAUGCUCCCCGUAUGUCCUGAACGGGCCGGAGGCCUGCCACCUCCACAGAGGAUCCAGUCAACAGGAGAUGUUCUGAUGGACCUGACUGGUAGGAACAUCUCUGACUACCUGGUGAAAACCUACCCCACUCUAAUUAGAACCAGGGCCAACAUUGCAAACAAACCUUGAAGGAUGUAGGGACAUUCCUCAGGUACAUGGAGACUCCAAACAAUGUCAAGGUGUGGUAUAACAAUAAGGGCUGGCAUGCCAUGGUAUCUUUUAUGAAUGUAGCCAACAACGCCAUUCUCCGGGCAAACCUGCCUAAAGGAGCUAAUUUGGAUCGAUAUGGAAUCACUGCGAUCAACCAUCCUCUGAAUCUCACCAAAGAGCAGCUCUCUGAGAUCACUGUUCUCACCACAUCAGUGGAUGCAGUGGUGGCCAUAUGUGUCAUAUUUGCCAUGUCCUUUGUCCCAGCCAGCUUUGUCCUCUAUCUCAUCCAGGAGAGAGUCACUCAGGCCAAACACCUGCAGUUCGUCAGUGGUGUCAGUCCACUGGUUUAUUGGAUGGCCAACUUCCUAUGGGACAUGGUGAAUUACUCCAUCAGUGCAGCCAUGGUAGUGAAAAUCUUCAUGUUCUUUGAUAAGAAAUGCUACACCUCACCCACCAACCUGCAGCCACUUAUCACCCUGCUUAUGCUUUAUGGCUGGUCUGUAACACCCAUGAUGUACCCCAUGUCCUACAUCUUCAGCAUCCCCAGCACAGCCUAUGUCUCUCUGUCAUGCAUCAAUCUCUUCAUCGGCAUCAACAGCAGCGCCAUUACCUUCAUCCUGGACCUGUUUGAGAGCACCACAGCUUUGUACAGACUGAAUCAGGUGUUAAAGGCAGCUCUGCUCAUCUUUCCUCAUUACUGCCUGGGCCGAGGUCUCAUCGACAUGGCCAUGAACCAGGCUGUGACUGAUAUCUACGCUCGAUUUGGUGAGGACUACAGUCCAGACCCCUACAGCUGGAACUUCCUAGGGAAGAACUUGUUCUGCAUGGCUGUAGAGGGAUUUGUCUAUUUCAUCUUAAACAUCCUUUUCCAGUAUCGCUUCUUCCUGGAUCAUUGGAUUCCAGAUGGCCCAAAGCCUCACAUUUUAGACGAAGACGUAGAUGUGGCUGAGGAAAGACAGCGAAUCCGUCAGAGUGGAAAAACAAAUGACAUUUUACGCAUAAAAGACCUAUCCAAGACGUACACAGGAACAAUCAUACCUGCAGUGGACCGAAUGUGUAUUGGAGUAUCACCUGGAGAGUGCUUUGGUCUCCUGGGGGUAAACGGAGCAGGGAAGACCACAACAUUUAAGAUGUUAACUGGGGAUAUAGAUGUCACUUCAGGAGAGGCUUCAGUUGCUGGUCACAGCAUUUUGACCAAUAUCCUGGACGUCCAUCAGAACAUGGGUUACUGCCCACAGUUUGAUGCUAUAGAUGAGCUGCUAACGGGCAGAGAACAUCUACACCUGUACGCCCGCCUCCGUGGGGUCCCAGAGUCUGAGAUCAGCAAGGUAGCAGAAUGGGCCAUUCAGAAGCUGGGACUCUCAGAGUAUGCAGGUCACAGUGCUGGGACCUACAGUGGAGGUAACAAGAGGAAACUGUCCACUGCCAUUGCCAUGAUUGGAUGUCCUGCUCUGGUGCUGCUGGAUGAGCCUACUACAGGUAUGGACCCUCUCUCUAGACGGUUUUUGUGGAACUCCAUCAUGAGUGUAAUUCAGGACAGAAGAGCAGUGGUCCUCACCUCACACAGUAUGGAGGAGUGUGAAGCACUGUGUACCCGCUUAGCCAUUAUGGUCAACGGAUCCUUCAAAUGUCUGGGAACCAUUCAGCAUCUAAAAUACAAAUUUGGUGAUGGCUAUGUGGUGACCAUGAAAAUCAGGGCAGCUAAGCCUGGUUGUGCUGUGGACCUGAACCCUGCUGAAGCUUUCAUGGAGAGCACUUUCCCUGGCUGCAUUCAAACAGAGAAACACUAUAACACCCUACAGUACAAGAUCUCCUCCUCUUCGCUUGCAAGGAUCUUUCAAAUGGUCCUGGGUAACAAGGAUAAGCUCAAUAUAGAAGACUACUCUGUGUCACAGACCACGCUCGACCAGGUGUUUGUGAAUUUUGCCAAGCAACAGUCAAGAGAAGAUGACACAAUUGUAUUGCAUCCAAAAGCUGCUGGAGCGCAGCGUUACAUUGAUACCACACCCGUCAAGUCUUUAAGGAAGUGAACUUGCUUUAGUGAGAUGAACUGGACGAGAGCUGUUGGUUUUUAAUACCACUGUCCUGUGGAGUUGCCUGCACUUUGGAGGAUUACAUUGACAGAAACAUCUUUCCAACAUUGAUAAGAUCUGUGAAUGCAUCAGUUUUGGAUACUAAAAACCACAGAGGAUGAACUUGCAUCAUUAAACGUUGGGUGUAAGAGAUCGGCACUUUCAAUCUGGAGGAGCCUUUAAAAUGGGGCAUUUGCUCGUUUAUUUGUGUUAUAAACCUAACCAUAGAGCAACUCAAAGAGAAAGCCCUUUAAAUUGAUUUGAUAUUGCACAUGCUUUUCUUUGCUUUUCCAGUUAACAGGGUUAGCGAGCAUUUAUGUGCCUGCUAUAUGUUCCACGUUCUGCUCACCUUGUAGGCCUUGUAAACUAAAUGCAACAGAUUUAUAUGAAAAAGACUGCGACUUUUAUAUAUAUCAGGUUGUUAGAUAGCUUAGGUCCUUUUGAAUAUUUUUUUUUGCUUCAGAUGCCAAGCAAGAUUGUCUUUAAUUGCCUUUUUAAAUGUGAAAAAAUCACUCAGACAAGCAUAGCUUUAGCACUUUAUUGCAUCACAAUUUUGACCAAGAUGUUGGCAAUAUGCUAAUGCAAUACUGCUGAUAAUUAUUCCAAAAUCAAACAUCUCUUUGCUGCUGUUAGACAUUUCCACAUGAUGUGACAUUUUGGUUUCCAUGUAUUACAUUUUCUUUUACAUGUCAUCAUACACAUGUUUAACUUUUGUCUUCACAUCACCAUCACUUGGUGUCAUUACAGGAAGAUGACACACAAUGUUUCUAUGUCAAGCAUCAUUUAAAAUAAAGUUGGAUUUUUCUUUAA